AGCUUGUGGCGAAAAAAUGUUUAUUAAAGAAAAUUUCAACGACGGUGAGGAAAAAGAUGAGUCCAAGGACGAGACCGCAGUGGUUCGCGCUCAGACUCCAGCUCUUAUUAAUGAAAAUGUUAGUGAUGAGGGGAAGGAUAAGUUCCAGGACGACACCGUAAUGAUCUGUGCUCAGACUGCAGUGGAAAUUCAUGGUUCCAUUUCAGAUCUUAUUGAAGAAAAUCUAAAUGAUGAGGUGAUGAAUGCGUUCCAGACCGACCCCGUUGUGGUUCGUGCUCAGAGUCCAGCUCUGGAUUCUACUGAGAAAAGCUCUGCUCCAUUUCCUGAUGAUAUUAUGGAUCAAGAUCCAAAUGCGAUUGAUGAUGAAAAUAAUGUCCAGAACCCACAGGACUCACUCAUUGGCGAUUUGAAAGCCAUCGAAGACGAGCAAGAUCAAAAUGAUGAGCCGACCGUCAUAUCCUUUGAAAAUUUGAUGCAAAGCAGCGGGGAUCCCGGCCUCAUCAUUAAUCAAGAAAAAGAAGAGGAGGAGCAGACAGACUCCUCCGAUGUGGACUCGAUAAAAUCAGGUGAUCAUACAAAACUGAACACUCUGAUAAAUUCCUUGGUUCCCAAGGGUGCUAUUGAAUUGGUCAACGAGUUAGAGGGUUUGUUUAUUAACCGCAAGGCCAUCAAAAGGAAUCACGAGGGCCUAUUCUCGGCAGUUAUGACAAUAAACUCCAGGAUGUACGAAGGACAGGGAGUUUCAAAAAACUCGGCCCAGGCAGCGGCCUGCGAGAAAGCUUUGCGCGAUUUCUUCAUUGAAAAAAUGAAAGCUCAAGGAAAUGGGGAUUCAAUUAUGCCGCAGCUAGCUUCGUUUGCCAUUCACAAACUAUUCGAGAAGUGGGAGAGCGACGGAAUCGAUUGUGCAGCUCUUUAUACUGUCGAUGAGCAUGCCCCACAGAGUGCUGUCCUCCCAAAGAAGCGCAUAGUUCGCUCUACAUUGCCCAUCGACUUUAAAACCAUGCAUCCAACCUUGCUUCUCUCCUAUAUGCGCCCUAAAUCAUCUUUCAAGUACUUGGGAUCUUCAGGAGAACCUCCUAACACCCUGUUUACUAUGGGAACAAAGGUGGACAAGCAGGAGUUCGAGGCUACUGGGACUUCUAAAAAGAGGGCACGUCUGAAUGUGGCCGUGCUAGCAUGCAACACUCUGUUCGGUACCAACCUUAAUCCAAUCCGUUAA